AUGGGACGGAACGGAACGGAAUGGAACAGCGACGGUUUGUCAGCGGGGGCACUCACAGUACUCGGAGCCGGAGCAGCAGCUCCUGCCAUCGACAGCGACAAGGAGGUGAAGAGCAGCCGAGCGCUCGUUCGUACCACCAGCAACCCGUCGAGGCGAGGUGGAGACGAUGGAAUCAAAUUAUCACAUAAAUCCAAGGAAGAGGACAGAAAUCUGCAGAUUCACAGUGGCGCUGCAGAGAGGAAAAACAACGACACCAUCGCUUCUGCAAAAUGA